ACGCCGCCCGGAGGCUGUCGGGAAGUAGGCGGGGUGACGUGGGGUUGACGAGCUCCGUGGCGGGUUUGCGGAGAUCGGUGGCCGGCGGCAGCGCGUGCCGGUGGCGGCCAGCGUCCGAGGUGGAGCGGGCGGCGUGCGGCCGGGGCCAUGACGGGCAAUGCCGGGGAGUGGUGCCUCAUGGAGAGCGACCCCGGGGUCUUCACCGAGCUCAUUAAAGGAUUCGGUUGCCGCGGAGCCCAAGUAGAAGAAAUAUGGAGUUUAGAGCCUGAGAAUUUUGAAAAAUUAAAGCCUGUCCACGGCUUGAUUUUCCUCUUCAAGUGGCAGCCAGGAGAAGAACCCGCGGGCUCCGUGGUCCAGGACUCCAGACUCGACACGAUCUUUUUUGCCAAGCAGGUAAUUAAUAAUGCUUGUGCUACACAAGCCAUCGUAAGUGUGCUGUUGAACUGUACCCACCAGGAUGUCCAUUUAGGAGAGACAUUAUCAGAGUUUAAAGAAUUUUCACAAAGCUUUGAUGCAGCUAUGAAAGGUCUGGCCCUGAGCAAUUCGGACGUGAUCCGGCAAGUCCACAACAGCUUCGCCAGGCAGCAGAUGUUUGAGUUCGAUGCCAAGACGUCGGCCAAAGAAGAAGACGCCUUCCACUUCGUCAGUUACGUUCCUGUUAACGGCAGGCUGUACGAGCUGGAUGGACUGCGAGAAGGGCCCAUUGACCUAGGUGCGUGCAGUCAAGACGACUGGAUCAGCGCCGUGAGGCCCGUCAUCGAGAAGAGGAUACAAAAGUACAGUGAAGGUGAAAUUCGAUUUAACUUGAUGGCCAUCGUGUCCGACAGAAAAAUGAUAUAUGAACAGAAGAUAGCAGAGUUACAGAGACAACUCGCUGAGGAGCCCAUGGACACAGACCAGGGCAGUGUGCUAAGUGCCAUUCAGUCGGAGGUUGCCAGAAACCAGAUGCUCAUUGAGGAAGAAGUACAGAAACUAAAAAGAUAUAAGAUUGAAAAUAUCAGAAGGAAGCAUAAUUACCUGCCUUUCAUUAUGGAAUUGUUAAAGACGUUAGCAGAACACCAGCAGUUAAUACCACUAGUAGAAAAGGCGAAAGAAAAGCAGAAUGCAAAGAAAGCACAAGAAACCAAAUGAAGAAGGUGCUCCGGCAGGUGCACACACGUCUGCCUCUGCAUCUGUUUCCAUGGAAACCAUUGAGUAUGAAGAACACUGAGCAGCACCCGACUGACUCAGUGCACGCUUGGCCGUAGCCCCAGCCUGUCCUGUCUGAUGCAUGGAUCCCUAGACUCCCUGCCUGCACCGUCUGCAUGUCGUGCCUCUGGCGUAGCAGUGGCGUGAAGGUCUCGCCCAAAUCCCAUUCCUUGACCUUGGAUCUGAGAACUGUGAUCCCCUGCACAUAGAGUGAUGUAACAAACCCAGAGAGUGCACAGAUGAUAUUCUCCACCUGUCACCGUCAUAAUUAAUCCCUUGGUCUUUUAGCUCAGUUAAAUGCUUAAAAUUUAUAAAUGUCAGAUCUUGAUUAAAUUGGAUCACUUAGUCUCAUUAAUGGAAGAAAAAUCAGUAUUUCUGUCUUUGAUAUCUAAGUAUUUUGAAGAUUUUAAACCUGAAUUUUAUCUUCUAUAUCAGUUAUUCGGGAAAGUAUGAUUUUAAUGCAGAUUAUUUGAAAAGGACAAAAGUACAGUUUCUAGUGAUUUUCAUUGCUGCCAGUAGAAAAAAGUAAUAAACAUCCUAAUUUUAUUUUCGCAAACUUUCUUUAAGUGUGUGGGGUUAUUUAUGUAUUGUAAAAGUGUUUCAGGGAGGUGACUAUUUCAAAGCAAAAUUUCAAGUUAAGAACAAACUGUAAAUCUUAAAGAUUUCUGGUGUUACAUUCAGCGUGGCAACACUUUUUCAAGAUUUUAAGCUGUAAUUUUAUAAAAGAUUGGAGGUUUGACAAAUUAACGAUUAU